AUGGGUGUCAAGUCAUGGAUUAUCAUCGGUGAUUGCGAUAUUGCGAACGACAUCCUCAAAGUGAGAGGUGCGAUUACUUCUGGUCGUCCUUUUCAUCUUUUUGCAACUCAAAUUUCGUCACUUGGGAAAAGAGGGCUUGUGAUGGCUGACGCGAAUAAGCGAUGGAAACGAAAUCGUGCGAUCGCACAAAGUCUCUUUGGACCCAAGGGAGUGUCGACUAAAAACACAAUCGAAAAUGGGCACGUCAAUUUACUCGAGUCCUUGCAAGUCAGCACAUUAAAUGUCGUCAUGCAAACAUUGUUUGCAAAAAGAGCAACGUCAUUGAACGACCCCCUAGCAAGAACUAUUAUUGAUCUCACUCGGAUGUCUAUCAAUCUCAGUGCACCUGAUCAAGAUUUGCCGACAUUUUUGCCUGGAAUAUCAGCUUUACUUGGCCCGCGGUUUAAGAGUAACGAGAAGGAGAUGCACGAGUUUGUUUACGACAAACGGGGCCCGGUAUAUUGGCGCCUAAUCAGAGAAGCACUUGAGAGCGAUGCAGAUAGUUUUGUCAAGAGUUUAUACGAAGUUAAGGACGAGAAUGAACUGGAAGAUGACGACAUUUUACUAUUUAUUGUCGAUAUAAUCGAGGCUGGAAUAGACACAACAGCAAUGACACUAUCGUGGGCUUUCGUCAUAUUAUCGCAUUAUAAAGACCUCCAAAAGGAACUCCAUGCCGAGAUCGACAAAUUUAUUGCUGAGCAUGGCCGACUGCCAGAGUACGAAGAAAGGGAUAACUUCCCUUUAUUGAUCUCUUUGCAGAAAGAAUGUAUGCGUUAUCGAACGGCGGUUCCAUUAGGUAUUCCACACGAAGUAACGGAAGACUUCGAAUAUCAAGGAUACCUGAUACACAAAGGUGCCGUGAUUAUAGCUAAUGCUUAUACUUUAAACUCGAGCGAAGCAUUCUAUGACAAGCCGAAAGAAUUUGUUCCGAUACGUUAUAUGAAGGAUCAGCGAACAUUAGCUGCUUCAGUAAACUCAAGUGCUUCACGGGACCAAUUCAUGUUUGGCUGGGAAAGGCGGAUGUAG